AUAGCUCAAAAUAAAUGGACGCUACCCGUACUGUCACCACUACUAUAAACAUUUCCUUAUGUGGUUAUGAGAAUGAAAUGAGCUAGAUUGCUUAGAAGGACGGGGUAACCGUUUAGGAUGAUUUCACAGCUUAUUUCGCAGGAAAUACAGUCAAUGCGAUAACCGAAGGCUUUGCCAGUUCAUUUGAACUUUUGCCAGUCGAAGUUACAAUCACAACUGAAGGGCAGAAGACAACUCUUUGAACACGUCACGAAUUUACAGAGAGCUCUUCCUUCAAUUGUCCCGACUCCUAACAGAGGUGUCCCUUUUCAGGCAACCAUGGCUGUUGUGCUCCUAGCGUUACUGGUUCUCUCUGAAGCGAUUGUAACCGAAGGUUGGGUGGAGACUCGUUUUAUCUGUCCAGUAAACACAGUUUGUUUUAAAAGACCGGUGAAUUGUGAACAGAAUGAUUGUGAAUAUUUUGUUUCUGCCAAAGAAAAUCCACGUAAUUCGAACCAGAUUAUAAUCGAUUUGAAAGGUAGGUCCGACGGCUGGAUCGCCCUUGGACUAUCACAUGAUGAAAUUGCAAUGCAUGAGGAUGACGUCAUGAUGUGCAUUCGUAGAGGCGAAUACGUCACUCUUGAACGGCGAUGGAACACAGGCGGAUUGAAUCAUAAGUCAUCGUCUCAGGCCGGAGUAACUGCAUACGGGAACGCAUACAGCUACCAGAAUGGAAUGUUGCGAUGCCAAUUUGUCCGAGAGAGACAGCUCCCUCAAGAUCCGCUGCACUUUUUUGAAAUGGAUUCUCAGUAUCACUGGAUUGUCAACGCUAAAGGCCCCGUAUCCCCUACAGGAAAGCCACUACAGCAUACGAGGUAUCCGUGUAUAUCUUCGCAACAAGUAACCGUAACAGACAAUAUGCCGAUUGCUGCGUGUACACGCAGAGAAUGGGCCGGUGGCCGUGGUAACAGACCAAUCGGUGGAACAGGGGGAGGAGGAGCAGGAGGAGGGGCUGGAGGUGGUGGUGGAGGAGGGGGAGGUGGUGGAAUUGUUAUUAAAGACGGAGGAGGUAACGGUGGAUACGAAGGUGGUUUUGGUGAUCGUAACGAUAUCAAGCGGAAUGGUGGAAAUGCAUGUGGAUACUUACGGAAGCCAGCAUUGCUGCUGGUAAUUGGCGUAUCAACAAUCGUCGCCAUGGUGAUCAUGUAGCGCGGGAAAACCAAUUCAUAUUGAGGAGUAUACCGUUGUGAUGCGUUCGCCUGAUUGCUUGGUUAGUUUAUCCAACACCAUGAGCUCAAUAAGCGGCUAGUCCUGCUUAUUUCUUAAAUGAACAAAUGAAUGGCGAAGGAAAUGCUUCAAUCCGCCCUGCGUGUAGGCCUAAAUUAUUUGGCGAAAUGUCGUUAAUUUCAGUGCAUACUUAUAUCAAGCAUAUAAGUAUUACUUUUUUCGCUUUCAAUAGUGCUGUUUUAUUUUAUUCUACGUUUUUUCCGUUUGUUUCUGUUUGCGAUGCAUAUUUGUUUUUAUUGUCUUAUCACUGCAAUUUUGUCUUAUUGUAUACAUUUUCCCGCUCUUUCUACUUUCAGUAGUGCCGCUUUUUCAUUAAAGUCUACUUGAGUUUUUGAUGUUUAAUAUACUUGUAACCACUUUUUAGGCCUAUGCACUAAGUCACAUUAAGCUAUUGCGGUAAUGUGUUAUUUUCAUCUUAUCUGCUAUAGUACGAUUUAAGAUUUUUUUCUAUGUACUUUUCGUAGUGCAAUUUUCUCUUAAGCCAAAUUCU